UCUCUGAGCCUGGGCCUCCAGUUUACCCGCGGUGGCUCUUUGGUACCUGGCCAGCGGCUGUGUGCAGUUUGGUUAAAGGGAAAAGCCAAUGCCAGGAGCUGUAAGAACCAGCUGGGGGUCCACAAACCCAAGUCCCAAAAGGAGAGCCAGCCAUGGGGGCAGGGAAGGGGGACCCCUUCCUUCUAACCGUCUCUCCAGGAAUCCUUGGCUUUUGUACAGGACGGCUGUCGGUGGGUUGGGGGAGGCGCCAAGUCUGAGUGCAUGUCCUGGGCCACCAGCCAAGAGAACACGAUGUUCCCUAGUGCGCUGGCCGCCGCCCUCUGGGGCUGGCUGCCUCCCAAACCGCUGCCUCUCCAGCCUCCCUGCCCCACAUUCCCCAGCUGCCUCGCCCCGCCUCCUUCCUCCGCUUUGACGUCACCACUGUCUCCCGCCCCCUCUUCUCCAUUGACGGCAGCAGAGCCUGGUUACUGUGGGGACGGUGAGACCUGACAACCUGGGCCUUGGGAUCAGGUGGGGGCUGUUGGAGCGCUGAAACCCUUUGUCUGUGUAAAUGGCAGAUACGGAGGUGGGCGAGCAAUGGCUCUUUGGGUCAGAGGAAUCACACCUAAAUCCUCGAGAGCUGUGGAGGGAGAAAGGGGUCUGGAAAACAAAAAGGGAGUGAACAGGGUCACACAUAGUACGAGGGGGCAGGAAAGCAGGAUCAUUUUCAGGAAGAGGAAGCUGGGGAUUCAGGCGCCCCUGUCUUUUGUUUUCCGUUUUCCUGCUUCUGUUUUUCUGGGUUACUUUAUAACACUUGUGUGUCCCAGCUUUUCUACAGAUCCCUGCCCCUCCGCCUCCUCCAGGGCAAACACUAUUGUUAAGGAAAGCUUUAGCCACGUGACAGCGAGGGGCGUGCACUUACAGCUGAUUAUGUCAGCACCUGCUCGGUGGCCUCCUCACCUGCCACCUACGUUUCCAGGGAACCCUGAGAAGGACUGCUCAGCACAGUUCUGGAUAGAGGGGUUCUGCCACUACAGCUCUCCUGAACCCAGACUGGCACGUCAUCCCCCCAAUCAAGCCCCUGUUCUCUUUUUAUGAAGCAGUGCUCUACUUUUCUUUUUUAAGUUGUGAUUUGUUGCGUCCUCUCCUCCCGAGGCUCCCUCUCCCUUACCUAUCCUUGAUAGACACAAAGUCAUCACGUUUUACCGUCAGUCUGCUGUGUGUCAGGUCCUGACAGACACUGACAGACUUGAGACGGCUGCUGCUCGAACUUUACCUUUCUUUUUCUAAGCAGCAGGAAUAUAAAACUCUUGCCACCCCACGUUUUUCUGCCUAGGGCCUCAACUGCCCUCUCUGCUGCCCCCUUUGUAGUCCUGGUUUCCUGGCCCCCACUUUGGGGGCAGCCCUAAAUGUGGGUGGCUGCAUCCUCUGCAGAGAGGCAGAGCUAGUCACCAAGUAGGCUGCCUGGAGACCUUUUCCCUGAUUGGCCAUCGAAGCACCUGCUUUUGUUUCCUUUCAUAGUAGCCAUUGGCUCUCGCCGCCCUUUCCAUUAUCUGUAUCCCCCCACCCCCCACUCACCCCUUAAUGACACGUGGACCCUCAGUUGCCCUUCUCCCAGGAUCUGAAGUGUCAGAGGAAGGGAUCAGUUUCUUGAUAAGGUUGAGGAGAAGCCAGGGAAUGUCAGUCUAGGCUUUUCUCUCUCCCACUUCCCAUGACUAUCAGACAUUUCAUUCAACUGGCUCCUGGACAGGUGUCUUGUUCUGCAAGGCUGCUCAGUUCAGGAAGGAGGUUUCUCUUGAGCACCCACUGUGGCCCAGACGUUUUCCCUGAAAAGGGGUAGCGCCCCCCCCCCUUCUCUUCCAUCAUUCACUGUGCGAGGCACCCGGAGCCCAUUGGUUGACUGAGCGGUGUCUGAGGCCCUUCAGCCCAGCACCAGCACCCAAGUCCACGUGCAAGGAUGUGUGUGACACAGCCCUGACCUCAGUGGGAGCCAGUAGCCAAUCAGGUGCCAGGGAGAGAGCCUUCGCCAACUGGGGGCGGGGCCUGCGGCUCUUCGGGCAGAAGGCCAAUGAGGGGCAGGGCCUGGCAUUAUGCAACCCGCCUCCCAGCCUCUCGGAGCUUCUCGGCUGCGGGCUGAAACGGCAGGCGGCUGGAGGGCGCUCGAACGGCCAGGUGCUGGGAUUAAAUUAGUCAGCCCUCAGGGACGGGGCUACCUCCCUUAUCCAGGCCUCAGAAGGCCCGUUGUGUACCCGUGGUGGCCUCGUUACCUUCUCUGUUCUGUUCUCCACUGCAUGGCCCAGACAUGAGUGGCCCCCUAGAAGGGGCUGAUGGGGGAGGAGACCCCAGGCCCGGAGAACCUUUUUGUCCUGGAGGAGUCCCAUCCCCUGGGGCCCCACAGCACCGGCCUUGUCCAGGCCGCAGCCUGGCUGAUGAUACGGAUGCGAACAGCAACGGUUCAAGUGGCAAUGAAUCCAAUGGCCACGAGUCCAGGGGUGCAUCUCAGCGGAGUUCCCACAGCUCCUCUUCUGGCAAUGGCAAGGACUCAGCCCUGCUGGAGACCACCGAGAGCAGCAAGAGUACCAACUCUCAGAGCCCAUCCCCACCGAGCAGUUCCAUUGCCUACAGCCUCCUGAGUGCAAGCUCGGAGCAGGACAACCCAUCUACCAGUGGCUGCAGCAGUGAACAGUCAGCUCGAGCCAGGACCCAGAAAGAACUCAUGACUGCCCUACGGGAGCUCAAACUUCGACUGCCACCAGAGCGUCGGGGCAAGGGCCGCUCUGGAACCCUGGCCACACUGCAGUAUGCCUUGGCCUGUGUCAAGCAGGUGCAGGCUAACCAGGAGUAUUAUCAGCAGUGGAGUCUGGAGGAGGGUGAGCCUUGUGCCAUGGACAUGUCUACUUACACCCUGGAGGAACUGGAGCAUAUCACAUCCGAAUACACUCUUCGGAACCAGGAUACCUUCUCCGUGGCCGUGUCCUUCCUGACAGGCCGGAUUGUCUAUAUUUCGGAGCAGGCAGGCGUCCUGCUGCGUUGCAAGCGGGAUGUGUUUCGGGGUGCCCGCUUCUCAGAGCUACUAGCUCCCCAGGAUGUGGGUGUCUUCUAUGGCUCCACUACACCAUCUCGACUGCCCACCUGGGGCACUGGGACCUCUGCAGGUUCAGGCCUCAAGGACUUUACCCAGGAAAAGUCUGUCUUCUGCCGAAUCAGAGGAGGUCCUGACCGGGAUCCAGGGCCUCGGUACCAGCCAUUCCGCCUGACCCCAUAUGUGACCAAGAUUCGGGUCUCAGAUGGGGCCCCUGCACAGCCAUGCUGCCUACUCAUUGCAGAGCGCAUCCACUCUGGUUAUGAAGCUCCCCGGAUCCCUCCUGACAAGAGGAUCUUCACCACACGGCACACACCCAGCUGCCUCUUCCAGGAUGUAGAUGAAAGGGCUGCGCCCCUGCUGGGCUACCUGCCCCAGGAUCUCCUGGGGGCUCCAGUGCUCCUCUUUCUGCAUCCUGAGGACCGGCCUCUCAUGCUGGCCAUUCACAAGAAGAUUCUGCAGCUGGCAGGCCAGCCCUUUGACCACUCUCCUAUUCGUUUCUGUGCUCGGAAUGGGGAGUAUGUCACCAUGGACACCAGCUGGGCCGGCUUUGUACACCCCUGGAGUCGCAAGGUGGCUUUCGUGUUGGGCCGCCAUAAAGUCCGCACGGCACCCCUGAAUGAGGACGUCUUCACCCCCCCAGCCCCCAGCCCAGCUCUGUCCCUGGACUCUGACAUACAGGAGCUCUCAGAGCAGAUCCAUCGACUGCUGUUGCAGCCUGUGCACAGCUCCAGCCCCACGGGGCUCUGUGGAGUCGGCCCUCUGAUGUCCCCCGGUCCUCUCCAUAGCCCUGGCUCCUCCAGUGAUAGCAAUGGGGGUGAUGCCGAGGGGCCUGGGCCUCCUGCUCCAGUGACUUUCCAGCAGAUCUGUAAGGACGUGCAUCUGGUCAAACAUCAGGGGCAGCAACUCUUCAUUGAGUCCCGGGCCAAGCCUCCACCUCGGCCCCGCAUCCUUGCUACAGGGACCUUCAAGGCCAAAGUCAUUCCCUGCCAGUCCCCAAACCCUGAACUGGAGGUGGCCCCUGCUUCUGACCAAGCCCCACUAGCAUUGGCCGCUGAGGAGCCAGAGAGGAAAGAAGCCUCCGGCUGUUCCUACCAACAGAUCAACUGCCUGGACAGCAUCCUCAGGUAUUUGGAGAGCUGCAACAUUCCCAGCACAACAAAGCGUAAAUGUGCCUCCUCCUCUUCCUGCACUGCUUCCUCAGCCUCUGAUGACGACAAGCAGCGGGCAGGCCCAGUUCCUGUCGGGCCCAAGAAAGAUCCGACGUCAGCAGUGCUGUCUGGGGAGGGGGCCACUCCUCGGAAGGAGCCAGUGGUGGGAGGCACCCUGAGCCCGCUCGCCCUGGCCAAUAAGGCAGAGAGCGUGGUGUCUGUCACCAGUCAGUGUAGCUUCAGCUCCACCAUCGUCCAUGUGGGAGACAAGAAGCCCCCGGAGUCGGACAUCAUCAUGAUGGAGGACGUGCCUGGCCUAGCCCCUGGCCCAACCCCUAGUCCGGCCCCAAGCCCCACAGUAGCCCCUGACCCAGCCCCAGAUGCUUAUCGUCCAGUGGGUCUGACCAAGGCUGUGCUGUCCCUGCACACACAAAAGGAAGAGCAAGCCUUCCUCAGCCGCUUCCGAGACCUUGGCAGGCUGCGUGGACUUGACAACUCUUCUGGGGCCCCCUCAGCCCCUGGCGAGCGAGGCUGCCACCAUGGCCCCAUGCCCCCUGGUCGCCGACACCACUGCAGAUCUAAAGCAAAACGUUCUCGCCACCACCAGACCCCCCAGCCUGAAACUCCUUGCUAUGCCUCCCAUCCGUCACCUGUGCCCUCUUCUGGACCCUGGCCACCCCCGCCAGCCACUACCCCCUUCCCCGCAGUGGUCCAGCCCUACCCACUCCCAGUGUUCUCCCCUCGAGGAGGUCCCCAGCCUCUUCCCCCUGCCCCCACAUCUGUGCCCCCUGCUGCUUUCCCUUCUCCCUUGGUGACCCCAAUGGUGGCCUUGGUGCUCCCUAACUAUCUCUUCCCUUCUCCUCCUAGCUAUCCAUAUGGGGUAUCCCAGGCCCCUGCUGAGGGGCCACCUACCCCUGCUUCGCACUCACCUUCCCCAUCCCUGCCCCCACUGGCCCCCAGCCCCCCACACCGCCCAGACUCCCCACUGUUCAACUCGAGAUGCAGUUCCCCACUCCAGCUCAAUCUGCUGCAGCUCGAGGAAUCCCCCCGCACUGAGGGGGGUGCUGCUGCGGGGGGCCCUGGAAGCAGUGCUGGGCCCCUGCCUCCCAGUGAGGAGGCUGCUGAGCCAGAGGCCAGACUGGUGGAGGUAACUGAGUCCUCCAAUCAGGAUGCUCUUUCAGGCUCCAGUGACCUGCUGGAGCUAUUGCUACAAGAAGAUUCUCGCUCUGGCACAGGCUCUGCAGCCUCAGGCUCCGUGGGCUCUGGCUUGGGCUCUGGGUCUGGUUCAGGAUCCCACGAAGGAGGCAGCACCUCAGCCAGCAUUACUCGUAGCAGUCAAAGCAGCCACACGAGCAAGUACUUUGGUAGCAUUGACUCUUCAGAGGCUGAGGCUGGCGCUGCUCAGGCCAGGACUGAGCCUGGGGACCAGGUCAUUAAGUAUGUGCUCCAGGAUCCCAUCUGGCUGCUCAUGGCCAAUGCUGACCAGCAUGUCAUGAUGACUUACCAGGUACCCUCCAGGGACACAGCCUCUGUACUGAAGCAAGACCGGGAGAGGCUCCGGGCCAUGCAGAAGCAACAGCCACGGUUCUCAGAGGACCAGCGGCGGGAACUGGGUGCUGUGCACUCCUGGGUCCGGAAGGGCCAGCUGCCUCGGGCCCUCGAUGUGAUGGCUUGUGUGGACUGCGGUAGCAGCAUUCAAGAUCCUGGCCGUUCUGAUGACCCUCUCUUCUCAGAACUGGAUGGACUGGGGCUGGAGCCUAUGGAAGAGGGUGGAGGCGAGGAUGGUGGUGGUGGUGGUGGUGGUGGUGGUGGUGGUGAGGAGUGUGACGGUGGUGGUGAGGAGGCCCAGACCCAAAUUGGGGCUAAGGGCCCAAGCUCUCAGGACUCUGCCAUGGAGGAAGAAGAACAAGGUGGAAGCUCAUCCAGUCCGGCUUUACCUGCAGAAGAGAAUGGUACCAGCUAGGCUCCAUUUGGGGGGCCACCUGCAGCAGUCUAUGAGAGGCUCCCUUUUCAACCAUGUUAGGGUUCUUAGAACUCAAGAUAUGGCUGGACCAACCGAUAGGAAACUGCCCCAGCUUCUCCCAACAUAGGGGGCAGGACCCCCACUACCAGCCCAGGACCCAGGCAGGAGCCGCCUCUAAGUCUCUUAGCAGAGAGUGGAAGUCUCAGCCCAAUUUGGAGGAUUGUCCGUUCCCACCCUGCUGAGGAGACUUUUCCUCAUCCAGUUAAGAUGGCUGACAAGCUGCUGAAGUGGUCUCUCCAAAUCUCAGCUGAGCCUGAGUCCCAGUCGGAGGGUUGGGGCUGCACUUAUUUAUUGGGGGAGACAGCUCACUCUCUUACCUCAUCCCAAGAUGGGAGGGGGGAGCCUGGGGUCCAUGUGGGACCCAGGGGUUUUGAACCCCUAGCUGCUCCAGGGUGGGGGAGGUUGGUGGACCAUGGAGUCCCUGGUGCUGCCCCUCAGGUGGGACCCAGGUGUUCUCAGCUCUACCCUCUACCAAUGGCAUUUGUGUUUUUGAUAUUGUGUCUGUUAUUUUUUUUUAAUACAAAACGAAAAACCAAAAACCCAAGACUUUGUGAAAUGAAGUUGGGAGUUUGGGUGAGGGGAGGUGUGGCCCUGCCACCAGCAAGAUUGUAGGUGGGUUGAUGAAGCUGUUCCUUUUCCCUCCACAUUCCUGGCAGCAAAGGACUUUGCUAAGUCUGGCAAACUCUUCACCUAAUAGAACUACAUUCUCUACCAAUACCUUAGCUUGGUCGUCCGGAGAAGCAGAGAGGCAACAUGUGGUUAAGGUCUUGGCGAGCUCCAGUCAUAGGUACUGUGGCAGAAGCCAAGUGGGAGCGCUGGGAAGCGCCGGUGGGGUAGUUCAGCUGAAUUCCUCAGCUUCACGUCAACACCCCAUCAGAAAUAGCUCUUCAGCUGGUCACUUUAGUUCGCUAAGACACCAGUCCUUUAGCUCAGACUUGAAAGGGGAGGGGAACCUGGGUGGGUUGAAUCAAUCAUCCGAGGUCCAGUCCAGAUCGUUGGUCAAAUUACAGAUCCCACGCUUCCUUUCCGUCGGUAACAGCUGAUCUACUUUGAAGGAACCAGUGUGCUCGUUGGCGCCGUGGCUUAGCUGGUUAAAGCGCCUGUCUAGUAAACAGGAGAUCCUGGGUUCGAAUCCCAGCGGUGCCUGGUUUGCAUUGGAAGUGGUAUAUUAUUGCCAAAUUAUUGACCUCUGUCCGGAAGAAAUCUCUUCCUCUUACCUAGUUAGUUCUUAAGCCAACUUUCCUAAGCACUUGUGUUUGGAGACACAGAAGCCGCUAAUCCUCAAGACUCGGCUCCUCAACGCUUAGAAGGACUGGAAUAGGGUGGGAACUGGUUUUAUUGGGGUUUCCCUGUGGCUCCGCGAGAAGAGAGUCCUGGGAGGACUUUGCCGCUCAAGAGAAGGCUUGCACCUGCCGGUCCAGCCGCAGCGCACGCGCACAGCUGCUUUGAAAAAAACAAAAAAAAACAAAAAAAACGGCGAAAUCGGCUGGGGCCGAGUGCCUUGAUAGGCAGCUAUAGCUCCGCAGGCCCGAGGCCGCACGCGGCUGUGAUGGCCGAGUGGUUAAGGCGUUGGACUCGAAAUCCAAUGGGGUCUCCCCGCGCAGGUUCGAAUCCUGCUCACAGCGUCAAUAAUUUUGGUAUUAAGUCUUGCUGCCUCGGUUGUUGGAGAGUAGGUCGUUUUCCAGUUCUUUCUUCCUUUGCCGGGAUCCGCUCGCUCGCGCCCCCGCGCGAAGCAAACGACCAACCACCAUGGACUCAAUUUCAAUUGCAAACUCCAUCAAACCACGGAUUGCCACCUCCACUCCAAAUCUACUCAGCCUUUGCCUCUACUUUCCGACUGUGUCACCCGGAACCACGAAUUACCCAUUCACUUUGCCUUCAACUCUAUUUUUUAUUUUUGAGACUGUAAUUUGAUUACAUUUCUCACUUCCUCUUCCUCCCUUCAAAACCUCUCAUCUAUUCCUCCCUGCUCUCCUUCAGAUUCAUGACCUUAUUUUCUAAUUGUUAUUGCAUGCAUGUAAGUGUAUGUAUAUACAUAUAUAUAUAUAUUCUCAAAUAUAACCUGUUGCGUUUGUAUAGUG